AUGGUCUCACACAAUCUACAGUUGUACACUACCUUGGGAGAAACCCGAUAUCUUGUUGAGUCUCCCUGGGGUGACUUCAAGCCAGGCCCUUAUAUUGUGACGGACGUUGCCGUCAGCAAAAAAGGCCAUGUCCUGGUGUUGGUACGACGCGUCCCAUUCAAGGGGCAAUCCGGGCCUGCAGUCAUAGAAUUGGACCCUGACGGACGUUUUGUGAGGGAAUGGGCCGACGAGUGCGUUGAUGCUCAUUAUAUCACGGUAGCGGAGGACGGUAGAAUUCUCAUCGUCGACCGAGAUUCUCAUGUUGUCCUUGUCUUCUCAGAAGCUGGCGAACUUCAGCUGGAACUAGGCGCACGCGGACAUGGGGGAAAACCUCUUAACCACCCCUGUGAUGUGGCCAUUGAUUCCGAAGGCAACUUCUUUGUCGCCGAUGGCUACGGCGCUGCAAAGAUUCAUCAGUUCUCGCCCGACGGACAGCUUGUUCGCAGCUGGGGCGAACGUGGCCGGGCGCCUGGUCAGCUGCUCACUCCCCACGGCAUCCUCGUUCUCCCAGCCCGAGGCCACGGCGCCGAGCGGCUGCUAGUCACUGAUCGGGACGCCAAUCGCCUGCGUGUGUUUACCAAGGAUGGAAAGCUGGUACGGGAACUCGACGACUUCCACCUUCCCAUGUCGGCAGAGUUCACAUCCGACGGGAAUAUCCUCGUCAACGAUCAGACGCCGCGCACCUCGCUCUUGGGUCCUGAUCUGUCAUUUCUCGGCAGUGCGCGAACCAUGAUUACGAUUUCUCACGGGUUUCAGCCGGCGCCCGAUGGUUCCAUCUUCGAGAUUCAUAUGGCCACCAACUCAUUGACAAAACUGAUCCCAGUCAGUGAUAAAUAG